CGCGUGUACGACCCUUAAAUUUGAAACCCCGUCAUCUCCUUUUUUUGUCGAUUCUUUCCGGCGGAGCCACACUUCCCCUGCCGUUGCUUCUUCUUCUCCUCCUCCUCCAUCACCCGUCGGAUUCAAAACCGAAACCCAAAGGCGGCUGUAAAGUUCAUUUCUUUUGGGUGUACGGUGAUGAAAUUGCAAUGGGUUUUCGGUGUUAGGUCGUCCCGGGAGUGAUUUUCUGGGAUUCGGAAGGUACUGGGUUUUUUGUUUCUGUUUUCCGGUGGGGAAGACAUUUGAAUGGGAAAUAAGUUGGGCAGGAGGAGACAAGUGGUGGACGAGAAGUACACAAGGCCUCAGGGGUUGUACCACCACAAGGAUGUGGACAAUAAGAAGCUUCGGAGGCUCAUUCUUGACUCCAAGCUGGCUCCUUGCUAUCCCGGGGAAGAUGAAUGUGCAGCACAAUCUGAACUCGAGGAGUGUCCCAUUUGCUUCUUGUACUAUCCAAGUCUUAAUCGUUCAAGAUGUUGCAUGAAAGGCAUAUGUACAGAGUGCUUUUUGCAGAUGAAGACCCCUAAUUCUACACUGCCAACACAAUGCCCUUUCUGUAAGACCAUAAAUUAUGCUGUAGAAUAUCGUGGAGGAAAAACGAAAGAAGAAAAAGGCAUAGAGAAAAUUGAGGAACAACUUGUCAUUGAAGCCAAAAUAAGGAUGAGACAACAGGAACUUCAAGAUGAAGAGGAGAGGAUCCUCAAACAAAAAGAGAUGUGCUCUUCAAGCAAUACUAGUGGACCAAGUGUGGUGGAGCAUUGCUCAACCGAAGUUCCUUUAGCUGCUUCUGUUGAAGGCUCUGAAGUUGUCACUUCUCAGCAAACGUGUUCCACUCCCGCAAUUCGACAACCCGUGUUGCCAAGACAAAUCAGGGAGGAUGAAUUUGACUUGGACCUUGAGGACAUAAUGGUAAUGGAAGCUAUAUGGCUAUCUAUUCAGGAAAACGGCAAGCUUCAAGCUCCUUGCCAUAACGCUGAACGUGUACCUAUUAUGGUCCCACCCGUGGGACGGGGAUCCUCGCCAUCUUCCCCUUCCCCUUCAGGAGGUCUGGCUUGUGCAAUUGCAGCCCUUGCAGAGCGGCAGCAAACAGAGAGGGAUUCCUCCUCCUCCUCCACCAUCUUCACCACCACCACCACCGCCGCCGCCAGUGCGUAUGGUGGAGCAGCCAUGGCAUCAUCUUCUUACCCCCAUUUCACUAGUACCAGGUUCCCAAACACGGCAAUGCAAGUAAACGAAGAUUACUGUCCACCUCAUAGCGAGAUGAACGAGGUCAGGAACUGGGCUGACAAUGGUUCUUCUUUGGUGGAUGAUGCGGGCCCCCCCUUCUCGGUGCCCCCCAUCGUCCCAGAAAGCUUUGAAGAACAGAUGAUGCUGGCCAUGGCUGUUUCGCUUGCCGACUCACAGUCAAUGACUACAACAACAACAAGUAAACAUGGUGUACCAGGAGAGGCGUGGCGUUAGCCCCUGAGGAGGAGAGGAGAAUAACACGGUGUGUCGGGGUUGUUUUUGUAAUUUCCAGCAGUACAGUGUUGAAAUGUGGUGGAUAUAUAUACUUGGAGAAGAAAAUGGUUUUAGGGAAUGGUUAUAGACUGUGUUGUUUAAUUAAGCGAGGGAAAAUAGGCAAAACACAAAACAAACUUUCAAGGUGAGGAAAUUGUGUGGGCUUAGAAGGAAAAAAAAAGCUGUUGGCAUCAUAUGCAUUCAUGUGUCAACUAGGUUGGCUAUGUUUUUACCCCUUUUCUUUUGGAGGUUUCCAUGUUAAAAUUCUCCUGUUUUUUAUGUGUGUUUUUUUUAUUAGUGAAUUUUUUUUAUUUAUUUUUUUGAGAUAUCAUACCCAUCAGUCUCAAAUUUACUUGGCCAAUGUCUCUUUUUUUUUUUCAGUCUCAAUAUAUUGUAAAGUAUGGG